CAUGACGCCACGCGUCGCCAUUGGCAGCGCGCCCCCAUCCUUUGUCUCAUUGGCAAGUCGACACUCACUCCGAACAGUGACCAAGUCUUCCCCAUGAACCCUCCCAAAUUUGACAAGAUCGAGGACAUGGCCAUGAUGACCCACCUGCACGAGCCAGCAGUGCUGUACAACCUCAAAGAGCGUUACGCAGCCUGGAUGAUCUACACCUACUCAGGCCUCUUCUGUGUCACCGUCAACCCCUACCAGUGGCUGCCGGUGUACAACCCUGAGGUGGUGACGGCCUACAGAGGCAAAAAGCACCAGGAGGCCCCGCCCCACAUCUUCUCCAUCUCUGACAACGCCUAUCAGUUCAUGUUGACUGAUCGAGACAACCAGUCCGUCCUCAUCGUCGGAGAAUCCGGGGCUGGGAAGACAGUGAACACCAAGCGUGUGAUCCAGUACUUUGCAGCAAUUGCAGUCACUGGGGAGAAGAGGAAGGUGCAGCGGCCGGGCAAGAUGCAGGGAACCCUGGAAGACCAGAUCAUCCAGGCCAACCCCCUCCUGGAGGCCUUUGGAAAUGCCAAGACCGUGAGGAAUGACAACUCCUUGAGAUUCGGGACGUUCAUUCGCAUUCACUUUGGAGCCACAGGAAAGCUGGUGUCAGCGGACAUUGAAACCUAUCUCUUAGAAAAAUCCAGGGUGGCAUUUCAGUUAUCCCGUGAGAGAGGCUAUCAUAUUUUUUACCAAAUCAUGUCAAACAAGAAGCCGGAACUUAUGGACCUGCUUCUCAUUUCAACCAACCCCUUUGACUUCCCCUUUGUGAGCCAAGGAGAGGUCACCGUGGCCAGUAUUGAUGACAGUGAGGAACUGUUGGCCACUGAUACAGGUAUAAUGAAGGAAGGAAUCCCCCUGGCCCUCCAGGAGUUGCCUGGGGACUAGUCUGCGAAAUAUAUAUACAUCAAGAGAUGGCUCUGAGCUGGAAUUCUACAAAAGAAGAGUAGAGCAACCCAGUACAGCUUUAUACCCCCUCAGCCGCAGGAGGAGAAAGGCUGCAGGCUACUGAAAGCCAGCAGCAUUGACAAAUUAACUCCCCCCAGCCUUUGCCAAACUACAGCGGUAUCUCUGAGUUCUCUGUUUCCCUCUCUAUUCUGACUCUUUUCUCAAUAAAUGCACAUUUCUUAAUAUAGUGUCACAGUGAAAGCAAAACAGACCUUCAAUUUUCAGACCUCAAUUUAUAAAGCAAAGGUUCUGGGGGUUUUGUUUUUAAAUUAAAGGACCACAUAAUUUGAAAAUUGUACAGGUUCUAAUUCUUCAGUUCCAAGACACCAAACACACUGCAUGCAGUCCCCAUGGAAAGGCCCCUCUCAGCAGAAGCGCCACCGAUUCCACAAUGAAAGGGCAGCAAGGUGCCCUUCUCCCUUCUCUGCUGCCUGGAUGGCCCCCAUGUUUUUCAAUCCAUGCCCCCUGGCAAGUUUCUAAGGUGCCAUUCUGAGACCCUUCCCUUUCCCAUCCCAGCAGGUGGCCAAGGGCCGGCCAGGGCUGGAGACGUGCAAGAAGCAGAGCUGGGCCAGCUGGCCAGAGUGGGGUUUGGGGGUUCUCAGCAGGAGAAAUCACCAUGCAGGAUAAAUCCCUUGGCCUUGCCAUAAGCCAAGGGCAAGUCUCUCAGGGCUACGGGCCCUCUCAGGUUCUCCUUGCAGAUACCUCGCGUGGGGCACUUGGCUACUUGGGAAA